AUCCGUUAUAUAAUUAAUUAAUUUUUUAUGAAUUUUAUUAAUGAAUGGAUUGCAUGAUAUAGGAAACAGUACAAGAAUAUUCUGGUUGAAUAAUAUAAUUUGUAUUAUAGGGAUGUGUAUCAGUAUAUACGGAUUAUUAGAUAUAUCACACACUAAUUAUUUUAAUGUAAAAAUGAACAUCUCCAUAAAGAAGUUCUUUUUUAUAACUAAUUCUACACUGUUAUUCAGUUUUAUAUCAUUCCUUAUGACACUCAUCACGCAGUACACUGACAAAUUCAAUAUUCGGGUUAUAUCUGCACAUAUUACAUCAACUGUAUUAUCAUCUGAAAUAUUAAUAUUCUUGAUAUUCUGGCCUAUAUUCGUGUAUAACCCUAAUUUAGUAUUCCCUAAAAGUUCCUUAUACGGUGACACUAAAAUCACUUUAUUCUCUAAUUUGUGUAUGCAUGCAUUCCCAUGCUUAUUAUUAUUUAUAUCUUAUAUACUUAAUAAUACACUUAUUACGCCUGGUUAUACUUAUAUACUAUAUUAUACAGCAUAUACUAUUAUUAUAUCAUGUAUAUAUAAGUAUAUAAAUGGGUAUUACAGAUAUAAUAUACUAAAUAAGUAUAAUAAAUAUAUAAUAAUAGUACCAAUCAUAUCAUAUAUAAUGAUAUACAUGAUAAACAGUAUAAUAUACAUAGUAAAAAUAAGAGUAAGACAGUAUAUAAAUAAGAGUAUAAGGGUAUAUGAAUAGAAAUACAGGAUAUGUGUAUGUAAUAGUAUAUGUAUAUAGGAUAUAAUAUGUGUAUGUAUAUAGUAUAUAGGACAAGCACUGGUAAUGUAUAUAGGAUAGGGAUAUAUAACCCGAAUAUAAUAAAAGA